AUGGAAACAUUACUUGGAGCAUUUCCGAGUACAACUGCCUGCGAAGACUGCUCCAGAAGUACAGGAGGCGAUCAAGACACUGUGUUGCUCCGCCCAGGAACGAGUACUGCAGGUCAAACCAGAAGACGUCAAAACGCACAUACAGAAGAAUCGCUGUACCGAGUCAUCCUCCAAAAUCCGGUUUCGCCGCUAAACAGUAUAAUCCGAACGCCGGUAUGGCUAGACAGUCCAGACUUGCGCUUUAUACGACUAGACGAUAAACGCUUGCAACGCGCGAUUCAGGUGCUUAACGAGCAGCUGUGCAACUGGACUACCCUAGAUUACAUUCAGCUCUAUUCCACAACUAACCCGCUUUUUGACGCGCCUCGCGGCAACAUUAGUGCUUAUUACAUGGACAUGAGCGCAUCGUACGACGCCAUGGUGCGUUUGCUCGAGUAUCAACUCGGAGAGGAGGUGCCCGAGUUCGUACACGACUUGUACAAUUUACUAGAACGUCGCAUGCCCAAGAAAAACUGCAUGGAAGUAAUGUCACACCCCAGUGCAGGUAAAAACUUUUUUUUUUAUGCCCUCGUGAGCUUUUACAUUAACCGCGGCACCAUUCACAACUUUAAUCGCUGUUCAAACGUUCCGCUCCAGGACGCGGUAGGUAAGCGAGUGCCGAUUUGGAACGAACCAAACUGUGUAUCGGCAGCGUACGAAACGAUCAAGCUUCUAGAGACCGCCUUCGCCAUCAACACGUCUGUGAAUGCCAGCAUCAACUUUUCCCCCUUCCAACUGCUGUUCAGCUAUGUGCCGAGGAUCCCGCUGCAGAAACAUUGCCAGUGCCAGCAGUACAAUCUCAAGGAACGAAUGACAGACGCAACAACCUGA